AUGGCGCCACUCAGCCUUCUCACAGUCGCCAGUGCCUCGUUCCUGUUCCUGACAAAAACCAGCGGCGCUCUAGGGACAACAACUUACAACGUUACCCUCGGAACUACUGGCAAAUGCCUCUCCGACAUCAAUGAUGCUCGUCAGGCAGCUGGUCUCAGCGACCUCAUCCAAGCAACAACAGCCAACACGCUGCCUGCAGGAGGAAACCUCUCGGGAACAUAUUCGCAAUGGGUCUGGUAUCCCGUCUGUGAAACCCUGCUUACAAAGAAAUCAGUUACUACUAUAGACAAUUCGGUUAAAGCUCAGUUUGUUAGCGGCACAUACGCCUUCUACCUGGCCGAUUCUGAUACCAUCGACUGCGAUCCUGUCUUGAAAAAGUGGAAGAACGCCUACAAAAACUUCGAGGGAAUGCCCCCUACAUACUCGGAAGGCGCUCCAGUGUACAAGAGUGACGACAAUGUCUCGUUGAUUGCAAUGUACAAUCCUUCGCCCAAUGCAACUGCCGACUGCCGCGUGGUGACCUGCACGAAAACAGUAGAUAGUCCAUCUUCAGUAGACAAAGGCUACGCAUUGAUGUGCCUGACUGCGCCGGAUGCGCUUAAUAAGAAGGACCCCCAAAACCCCCCUUUCUCACAGGAUCAGUGGGACAAAAUCGUCUCCGCCAUCAAAGGCUCCGCUUCCGGUGCUUCGCCAAGUGUGGUUGGUGUCGUGGCAGCAGUAUUGGGUUUCGCUAUAAUGAUGCUCUAA